GUACUUUAUCUAUAAAUCUGCAUAUUCCCGAUUGUCUUAUCAUCAUAUAGCAUUUAUUUGGACACUACAUGUGGUGCUCAUCAUCCCCUAUCCAACUGUAUCCACUGCCUAAAACAAAACAAAAAAAAAUUUCAAAACCAAAAACAACACCACAAUCAUCAGCUUCUCAGAAAUUGAUCGAAAUGGGAAUAGUUGAAGAAGCUCAGAACGUGAAGAUCUUGGGUUCAGGCAAUCAGACCAUCGUCCUAGCCCAUGGCUUCGGCACCGAUCAGUCAGUUUGGAAGCACCUCGUCCCUCACCUCCUCGACGAUCACCGAAUCAUCCUCUUCGACACCAUGGGCGCUGGUACUACCAACCCCGAUUAUUUCGAUUUCGAUCGAUACUCUACUCUCGAAGGCUAUGCCUACGAUGUUCUCGCCAUCUUAGAAGAGCUUCAAGUCCAAUCCUGCAUCUAUGUCGGCCACUCUGUCUCCGCCGUCAUCGGCGCCAUCGCCUCCGUCAACCGCCCUGAUCUCUUCACAAAACUCAUCAUGAUCUCCGGUUCUCCAAGGUAUUUGAACGAAGUGGAUUACUAUGGGGGAUUUGAGCAAGAAGAUCUAAAUCAGCUAUUCGAGGCGAUGGCAUCGAAUUACAAGGCGUGGUGUUCUGGAUUCGCGCCAUUGGCGGUGGGAGGAGAUAUGGAGUCUGUGGCAGUGCAAGAAUUUAGUCGGACUUUAUUCAAUAUGAGGCCAGACAUAGCACUGAGCGUGGCUCAAACCAUAUUCCAAAGUGACUAUAGAUAUAUGCUGGGACAUGUGACCGUGCCGUGUCACAUAAUACAAAGCAUGAAGGACUUGGCAGUGCCAGUGGUGGUGUCGGAGUACCUCCACCAGCACCUUGGCGGUCAGUCCAUCGUUGAGGUCAUGUCGACCGAGGGUCAUUUGCCGCAACUUAGCUCGCCGGAUGUCGUCAUCCCAGUGAUUCUCCGUCACAUCCGCCAUAAUAUUGCAACGUAAUUUUGUUCUGUAUGUAUCUAAUGGAACAGAAUUCUCUGCAAUGGUGUUACAGUGUUAAUGUUUAAUUGUGAACACUAGUCUAUGUGAAUGUUUAAAAGUAAACAAAAUUAUGUUGUUAGGUGUGAUUUAAUGUUAUUUUACUUCAAUUGUAAGGUUGAAUUGUGUACUUUAUUGAUGGCAGUUGAUGUGAUUAAUAAAUAAAUAAAUAAAAGUAGUAUUAUCGUUGCAAGAA